CUGGUUCCCACUAUCUUUUAAGCCAUUAUAUACACUGUUUCUUUUACCUUCACCACAUGACUAUCAUUAUGAAAGUUCUAUAUUGUCUGUGAUUCUACCUGAUGGCAUAAUAAGAAUGUCCCUUGUGCAGGUGCGAUUAGCCCGGGACUGCAUGCAGACCCCUUGGGGGUUCCGGCUGCAAGGAGGAAAGGAUUUAAACCAGCAACUGACGGUUCAACGUGUGUUCGCCAAUACUCCAUCGGAACGUGAGCUGCACCGUGGUGACGUCAUUGUUGCCAUCAACGGACGCGAUACAAGCAACCUUACUCACAAGCAAGCGCAGGAUGCUAUCAGUGGAGGCGGUGGACAAAUAGAGUUUCUCGUUCAAAGACCCUUUGGAAAUAUCAACAUCAAACCACUGACGCCAGCAGCUGAUACCCGGGCACCAAGUCUACCACAGUCACCUACAAGAGCCCCACAGAUAACUAUUCCAAUUCAAAGAAAACACGGUCCCCAAUCUCCGACACGUACUAUCCCCAUCUCGCCACAUAAACCAUCUCCUCCUAAACCUCCAGCAAAACCAGUACAAAAUACAGAGCAAAAUAGAGAUAUGUCGGCCGGAUUUAUGCCAAAGAAGGUCACUCUCAACAAAUUUGGAGGAGGUGGUCCAGACUUCGGUUCGGCUUACGGCGGUGCCGCGGCACCUCACAGGCAGCCACAAACUCAGUACAGGCCUGUAGCCGCACCAGUAUCGCCUCAUCCGGCUAGAGACCAGUAUGACUAUGGGGGUCAGCAGCAACAGCAACAUAGCUACCAGCAGCAACAACAGAGCUUCCAGAGUCAGACACAGUUCUCGGCUCCACAGAGCCCUCAGCAGCAGCAAACAACAGAGGAGAGGGGUGUGGAGGAAGAAGAAUAUGGAGGUGUUAAUGAAAGGAGGAGACACUUUAUGAAGGGGGCGCCACAAGCACCGAAUGCCCUGGGUUCCGAUGAAGAUGAUUAUCCCACCGCUCCUGUUUGGGAACGAAGAAAAUUAUUUGGCAAACAAAGGGCCCCACCCCAAGCCAUCCAGAGAUCCCGUAAACCCGCACCUAGUUUCGGUCGUGCACGGGCUCAAGGUGACAGCUCAUACACGAGUUUUGGGGUCGAUUACACAAAACCACAACUUCAGUCACAACCUAAACCCACUUCCUCUAGACCAAGGCCACCUGCAGUCAACGCAAGACGUGAUGAGGAUGACCUAGACGGGCAACCAUGGAGCAAUACUCUGCGUGCCGAAAGCAAGAUGUUGAAGCCAUGGGAACGAGAAGCAUUAGAAGCGGAGAGAUAUCAAAGUGCAACAGCAGAUCAGCCAUAUCGUCCCUACAUGCAUACUCAACCACAACCUCCUACAGCUCCGAAACCAAAAAUAGUACAAAUAUCUGCACAGUCAACUGUUCGUCAGUCACAGGAUCAGCAUUCACCGUCAGCUGCCUAUAGGUCUGUGUCUCCCACUGUUCCACCGAAACCGUAUAGGUCCCAAGCUCCUCCCCCUGAGACUUUCCCCUAUCAAUCGCCGUCAUUUCAACACUUGUCACCUAAUGUUGCCCAAAAUGAUGUUUCAGGUGGUCCCGGAUACGGUGCAGCUCCUCCAAAUGUUGUCCAUUUGCAGUACAACUCUCCCAUUGGCAUGUACUCAAAUGCGAAUGUAAUGGAUACAUAUAUUGGUCAAACUAAAGGCCGGGCUCUGUCGCCGUCCCAACCGAAGAAGCCUGCAGUACCGGGUGAACGGGACUGGAACGACUCGUACGUUUACCAGAUGGUUCAUUCGUCAGAGAAGACAACUAGCUCUAAUUACCAAGAAGGUACUGGACAACCUCCUAAAGGUGAAACAGUCACUACAUCAAGGGUGACACAUGAAACUAAAUUCCCCGGCCAGGAACCACAGAGGCGAGUAACCGAGACCGUACAGAGAAGCGGGAUACCAGAUUAUAAAUUCGAUAGCGCAAUCGGUCUGUCCGAUUUCUAGAACUAUCCGAAUUAAUAGAUAGAUAGUUAACAGUUAUAGCUUUCUAAUAACAUUGUUUGCAAAUGAGUCAUGCGAAUGUUAUGUAUUUUCGAAUUCUAAGGAAUUGUAAAAUUUAUUCGUAAUAUAUUACGAGCCGGACUUGUGCAAUAUAAAUAUGAUGAGAAGAUUGAAGUAAUCAUGUAACGCCCAUUAUUCAUGCGCUUGUUGUGUUCUGAGGGCUUUAAGAAAGAUCAUUAGUGGUCAUGUGCACGAAACUUGCGUGAUUCGAUUUCCUUAAAUAUUCAUGUAUGAUAGCAAAAUAUUUUUCGAAUAUUUUGUAUCUUUAAGGAAAUUCGUUCCGUAUAUUUACAACUGUCCUUAAAUAGAACUUACAAAAACAACGAGUGCCUUUUUUCACUGGAAUUUUGUUGAUUGUAAUUUCUAAAAUGAAAUUAGGUGAUAUUUGAAUCACAAAUCCCGUUUGAUCUGUUUUGUUUUAUUUUCAAUAGUUUAUUCUGUUGCUAAUUUAUAUGAAAACUCUGUGCACAGUGUAAUAUACCAUGUUAUUUAGAAACAGUGAAACGAUUUUAGUUUGGUUGUUAACUUAUCCUCUGUAAGUAAUUGUCAUUAAAUAUUGCUUUUUAGGGACUGUUUUACACGUAUAAUGUUAGAAUGAGUGUAUUUAUAUAUUCCAUUUGUGCCAAAGCAUCUAGAUUGCAAGUUGUUUGUUUUGUUUAAUGGACGAAAGGGAUACCCAUAUUUAAGAGCGGCCGUCUGUGCAAGGACAAUAAACGUCUGUGAUCGUAA